CCCCGCGCACAAAGCCCGCCGGGAAAUUCCCAUCGUGCACCGCGCGAAGCCCGAACAGACAAAGACUCGGCGUGGGGGACUGCAUGUCCCAGCAUGCCUUGCGCGGGGUCAAGGGGCGGGGUCAAGGGGCGGGGUCAGAGGGCUGCGGUGAGGCCUAGAGCCGGGCAGCCCCGUCCGGCUGAUGGCAGCAUGGAGGAGGAGCAGAGAGACAACGACACGGAGCUUAUCGCGACAACGACCCCGAUAAGGGGCUUAAAGACCCCCAUAGAGGCCUUGAAGACCCCCAUAGGAGACUUAAAGACCCCCAGAGGGAACUUAACGACCCCCAUAGGGGACUUAAAGACCCCCAUAGACACCUUGAAGACCCCCAUAGGGGACUCAACGACCCCCAUGGAGACCUUGAAGACCCGCAUAGAAGACUUAAAGACCCCCAUGGAGACCUUAAGGACCCCCAUAGGAGACUCAACGACCCCCAUAGGGGCCUUAAGGACCCCCAUAGAGAACAUAACGACCCCCAUAGGGGACUUAAAGACCCCCAUAGAGACCUUGAAGACCCCCAUAGAGACCUUGAAGAACCCCAUAGGGGGCUCAACGAACCCCAUGGAGGAUUUAACGACCCCUAAAGAGGACAUAACGACCCCCAUAGGGGAUAUAACGACCCCCAUAGGGGACAUAACGACCCCCAUAGGGGAUAUAACGACCCCCAUAGGGGGCUUAAAGGGGUUCGCAGAGCGUUUCCUACAGCUGGAACGGGACCAUAUCGCCCUAUUAAAGGAGCUGCCCCCAUUCGGGGCUCCGGUCAGCCACGUUUACAGCCCGUUGGAUUACGCCUGGGAACCACAUCGGGACUUUGUCAGUCGUUAUUGUCGCGGCCCUAAAAGGAUCCUGUUCCUCGGCAUGAAUCCAGGCCCCUUUGGGAUGGCACAGACCGGGGUGAGGGGGGGAAUGAGGGGUGGGGUUAAUGGGGGGGUUGGAGACAUUGACUACAACUGA